GAAGCCAUUUCUAUCAAUAUAGUUUGUAUGCAUCUGUUUUUACUGUUGUCAAAAAGUCUCGCACAUUCGACAUUAAUUGCAUGAGGAAGCACAUUAACUACUAUUUUAUUCAUAGAAAAAUAUUACUCUGCGCUGUGCCUAAAUGGACUCUUCUAAUACUUAAGAAAUUGAUAUGACUCUGUUAAGUACCCAACACUUCACUCAGGCAAGGGCAUCAUCUUCAUGCGAAGCCAAGGGGAUGCUGAUUCCAGGUGUUAAAUAGAUUGAAACAUAGAAACUGACCCAAAUAUCUGUGGUAAAUAUUUUCUCUGCUACUAAUUCCCUUGCCAUCCUCCCCUCUGGUUACUGUAUAUUUUUCUACAAAGAAAGUAAUUAAGAAACAGCAUGUCUAGUAAACUAACAGGUAAGUCACUGUCUUUUAGAUAUGGAAACCACAUUCUAAGAAAAUGGAAAGAAGCUGACCUGCACACCUGAUUGUGUUAUGUGAAACCCACUGACAAAAACAAACAAGAAACAGACUGCAAGCUAAUCAAGUUCACCAGCCUGGAAGCUGAUCCUUUCCCCCAAAAGCUGAGCAGAUGAGAAACGUCAAGGUUGUUUUGGAAGUACUGUACUGCAAGAUCCGGGAUUAAGCUGCUUCAUCAGACAGCCGGCUAGAAAAUCCCAUUUGUAAAAUAGCUCCUGCCAGCUUCUUUUAUGUCCGAAGUGAGACUCAAUUUGGGCUAGAAAAUACACCCCUGUCAGCGGCAAGGAAGAGGAAACACCAAGCCCUGGAUGAAUGGACAGCAGGAGCGCAGGCUCACCCGCACAGAACUGACCGAGUACAGUCUUUUCCAGCCCUGAAGGACAAUCCUUUUGUAGCUGCUGAGAAGGGGGAAGGAGAGCAUCCAGACCAGCUGGUGGGCGGCUGGCAGCGGGGGGCUGCACGGUGGCCGGCCACCCCAGUGGGAGCGCUGGGCUGUAGGCAGCCGGGGAAAGGCGUCCGGAGUGGAGGGGCGGGGAGAGCGCCUGCACCCUCGCUAGGUCUCCCGCGCUGCAUCUGGGCGGCCCCUGAAGCCAGCAGGGGAGAGACUUGGGACUGGAGCGGAGCGGAGGUGGGCAGAGCCCCUUCCCCCUGCUGCUACCUGCAGCCGCUGAAGUGCAGCCGCUGACUCUUGCUAGACCCGUGCAUCGGCUACCGACUGGACAGCAGCCUCCGCCUCCACCGCCUGCACCUGCGGCUCAGCGGGCCUCUCUUUGGACAGGGCACCCUGCCGGCAUCGCAACGCCAGGGUCCCAUCCGUGGCCAUGGCUGGGGCUUCUCGGCACCUCACCGUGGUGCCCUGGCAGCUCGUCGUGGCGUUCGCCUGCCUGCUUCGGAGUUGCCCCGCGCUGCAGGGACAGUUCUCCUCCUCCCUUGGGAUCGACUCCCAGCCGGCGCUCUACCUGCCCACCCCGGGUGCGCUCAACCGCAGUAGCCCCGACCGCCCCAGCGUCCUGAUUGCCAACCCCGGGCUCCGGGUGCCCCUGGGCCGCUCGCUUUGGCUGGACCCGCUCCGGGACCUGGUGAUUCGAGUGCAGCCCGGGGACCGGUGCGAAGUGACGGUACUGGAUGCGCUGCCGCUGCUCCAGGGCGCGAUCUCCCCGCGCCGCUUCCCCUGUGCCUUCGGGCCCCGCCAGGUCCAGUACACCCACUUCGGCUCCCGCAGCCCCGGACGCGCGCGGGUGCGGCUGCAGCUGCGCCACGACGGCCCGACUCACACGCUGGUGCUGCCCUUCACCGUGGCAGUGGACGUGGUCUUCUCCCAGCCGGAGCUGGUGACGCGCAACAGGCGGUUGGUGGUGGAGAAGCUGCGGGGCUGGAGCCACGCCAUCGACCGGAGCGUGCUGGGCUUCGUCUCCCGGGAGUCCGGAGCCGCGGGCACGCGCAGGUGCAGGCUCACCCCUCUUCCCCACGAGGGUGGCCCACUGCCCAAGUACGGGCGCUUGGUGGACGCGGUGGGGACCCCCGUCCCCAGGGGCAAGGGUGUGGACUGUGAGGCUUUCGUCCGCGCCGGGGUGCGCUAUCAGCACACCGCCGCCACCUCCUCGCCCAGCCGGGACUACGUUCCCAUGCUGGUGGAGCUGCUGGGGACAGGCGGCGGAGGUGCUGGGUCGGUGGAAGUUCUGAGCCGGGAGCACUUCCAGCUGCUGGUGAGGAUCCGCGCGGGGGCUGAGAACACAGCCCCCUGCCCCAGCUCCGCGGCCCUGAUGAUGAUGGAGGUGGACCGGUCGGUGCUAACAGCCCUGACCCCUGACGCGCUGGCCGCGGAGGACGUCGAGUCAGACCCUGACGACUUGGUCUUCAACAUUCUCAAUGCCCCCACAAGCCCACCAGGCCAGCAGGGCUACGUGGUCAGCACUGACGACCCCCUGGGCCUUCCAGUCUCCUCCUUCACCCAGCGGGAGCUGCGAGAGCUGAAAAUUGCCUAUCAGCCCCCUACGGAGAUCUCGGAUGGGGAGCGCCUCCUCCAGCUGGAGCUGGAGGUGGUGGAUGGAGACGGCGCCACUUCAGACCCCUUUGCCUUCGAGGUGAUAGUGAAGCCCACGAACACCCUGACGCCGGUGGCUAGCUAUUACCCGGGACUGCUGCUUUUUGAAGGUCAGUCAGUGCCCCUGCCCAGUGCCCCUGACCUUCAGAUCAGCGAUAAAGAGAACCUGGAAGAGGUGAAGAUGGCUGCAGUCAGGGGCCUGAGACAUGGGCAGCUGGUGGUGCCUGGGGCACCUCCCGGGGGCAAGUAUUUCACAUUGGCAGACUUGGCAGCGGGCCGCGUGGUGUACCAGCAUGACGGCAGCAACACCUACAGUGACAACAUCAUCUUCCGCAUGGAGGAUGGGCACCACCAAGUGGAAUUCCUCUUUCCCCUCACCAUCAUACCUGUGGAUGAUGAACCACCAAUGGUCAGGGUCAACACGGGACUCUCACUCACUGAAGGGCAGUUGGUUCAGAUCACGCCCUUUGUGCUGAGUGCUACAGAUAUUGAUUCUGAGGACUCAACCAUCCACUUCGUGCUGAGGAACCAGCUUCCAGAAGGAAAAGAGGGCGAGAAAGAGUGGGAUCUGGCCCCUCAUUCCUCCCACCCAAGCCACCAUCUGGGGGACGUGCUACUUCGGCAGGCAGAACCACCUCUGUCCCCUGCAGAUGAAGACUGGCACUAUGUGGAGAAGGAAGGACUUUAUGAGAAGGUGGUGACUGAGUGGCUGCAGAGAGACAUAACAGAAGGGAAACUCUUCUACUGCCAUCUUGGACCACACAGCCCUCAGUCUGUAGUAGCCCAGCUGGCUUUCCAUGUGCAGGAUGACCAUGACCCACCGAAUCUAUCCAACCAGCACUUCUUCACCAUCAAGGUCCAGCCAGUGGAUGUGCUGAGUCCAGAGCUGUAUCCAGGAACUACCCUAGAAAUGACUGUUCAGGCAUAUCAACUCACUCACUUCCAGAAGAAAUUCCUCCGAUACAUUGACCAGGACUCAGAUGACCAGAGCCUGUGGUACACACUGCUGACACUCCCAACUGACACAGAUGACAACUGCCAAGUCUCAGCUGGAGAAAUUGUGCUUACUGAUUCACCAGACACACUUAUCAUGCACUUCACCCAAGCCCAGGUAAAUCACCACAAAGUUGCCUACCAGCCUCCCCGGAAGCUGGGUAUUGUACCGCGGGUUGUGCAGUUCACAUACCAGGUGGAGGAUGCUGCAGGCAAUAGUGUGCAGGGAACAUUCACAUUAUUUUUGCAGCCUGUGAACAACCAGCCUCCUGAAGUCACCAACAGAGGGUUUACUGUCUUUGCUGGAGACAGCUUUAUUUUCAGCAGCAAUGAGCUGGAUGUUACAGACCCUGACACGGACAUUGACCAAAUUGUCUUCAUAUUAGUCUGGGGUCCCCAACAUGGACACUUGCAAUACUUUAAAAAAUGUAUGGUCCCAGGGGAAUCUUUCACUCGAGCUGAUGUUAUUAAUGGGAGUGUCUCUUACCAGCAUGUCAGGGACCAGAUCACCACUGACUCCUUCUAUUUGGAGGUAAGCGAUGGGGUGCAUCAUGUACCCAUCACUGUCCAGAUUUCUGUGCAUCCCACUGUGACUGACAAAAGUCCCAGGAUCUCUAUUACAAGAAGUCCAUUAUUGGAUGUUUCCAUAGACGUACUAGAGAAUAAAGCCACUGAGAUCACCAUGGGUAUAAUUCAUGGCAAAAAAGGCACAAGUGACUUGAUGCUGUCUUUCAAGGUGGAGAAUAGCCCCAAGUUGGGCACUGUUUUGGUGAAUGGCUCACCUACAGAACGAUUCACCCAAGAGGACCUCAUCAAUGGGGCAGUAGCCUAUGUACACACUGGAGGUGAAGUUGGUUUCCAAGAGCAGCAUGAUGCCUUCAAUCUCACCCUCUCUGAGGAUUCUUACCAGUUUGUAGUGGGUAACAGCAUAGUAGAGAGAGUGCAGGUGCAAGUAACUGUGCUGCCUGUGGACAAUGUGGGCCCCAAGGUCUUGGUGGGGGAGUCCUUCAUUGUCUUUGAAGGUGGGAAGAGCCCCUUGACCUUACAACAUCUCAACAUUGAAGAUGUGGACACUCCCCAAGAUGAUAUUCUAUGCACAGUGACUGGUCAGCCAGCCUCUGGCUACCUGGAAAACAUUGCACCAGCUCCUGGUUCAGAAGUUUCCCGGGCUGGUAGCCCCAUCAGUGCUUUCUCCAUCAAACAUGUCCGAAUGGGGUAUAUCAAUUACAUACAGAGUAUCCACAAGGGCGUAGAGCCACGAGAAGAUAAAUUCACCUUGUUUUGCUCUGAUGGCAUCAACAUCUCCCCAAAUGUCUUCUUCCAUAUAAUCAUCUUGCCCACCAAUGAUGAGCAGCCUGAACUUUUUGCCCAUGAGUUUGUGGUAUUAGAGGGGAUGAGCCUGGUCAUAGACACCCCACUGCUCAAUGGAGCAGAUGCUGACAUGCCACCGAAUGGGCUUCACUUUCAACUCACAGCCCUCCCUCGGCAUGGACGAAUCAUACAGCAGCUGGCCACGGGCAGCCAGCCUGUCCGCAGCUUCACCUUACAGGAGAUCCAGGAGGCCUCCACCAUUGUUUAUGAGCAUGAUGACUCAGAGACCACAGAGGACAGUUUUGAGGUCUGGCUGAGUGACGGCAAGCACACCACCCACAGGAAGGUGUCCAUCUUGGUGAUCCUGGUGGAUGAUGAAACACCUCAGCUGACCAUCAAUGAUGGGCUGGAAGUAGAGACCAGACACUCUGCAGUCAUCACGAAUCAGGUCCUCAAGGCAACAGAUCUUGACUCAGAUGCUAAGAGCCUCAGUUUUGUUCUCCAUUCUGGACCUCAACAAGGGCUUCUACAGCGACUAAGGAACCCAAGAGGAGAAGUGAAGACCAAUCUCACCGGGGGAAUGAACUUUACCCAGGAUGAGAUUGACAGAGGCCUCAUCUGUUAUACCCACAUAGGCCAAGGAGGGGUUGUUGACUUUAUCAAGUUUGAUGUGACUGAUGGGGUUAACUCUUUGACAGACUGCUACUUCAAUGUUACCAUUGGCAGUUUAGACAGGGUCUUCCCUGAGGUGAUCAGCAAAAGGACCACUUUGACAGAAGGCAGCAGAGUGACCCUCACCACCAAUCUGCUUAGCAACAGGGACAUCAAUAGCCCUGAUGAACAACUUCACUUUAACAUCACACGGACACCAAGCCUGGGCCACUUGGAAAGCUCUGACAGCCCUGGGGAGCCCAUUGCCUCUUUUACUCAGUCUCAAUUGAUUAGCAACAAAAUAUCCUAUGUUUAUACUUCAAAUAAAGAGGGCAAUAUGGAUAGCUUUGAGCUUCGAGUGACUGAAGAACACAACCCUGUGUCCAGAGCCCUUAGGAUCUUCAUCACAGAUGCAGAUCAUAAGAAACCUAUCUUGACCCUCCAUCAACUAACACUGCAGGAAGGGGAUAGCAAACUGAUCACACCCUUGGAAUUGACAGUGGAAGAUAAAGACACCCCAGAUAAUCUUAUUCUCUUUACCAUCACCCAGGUCCCCAUCCAUGGCAAGAUUCUGUAUAACAGUAGCGGUCCUUUGACCACUUUCACCAAGCAAGACCUGAGCAAGAACCUGAUUAGCUACUGGCAUGAUGGCAGUAAGACCACUGAAGACAGUUUCUCCUUGACUGUGACAGAUGGCACUCACGCUGGUUUCCAUGUCUUUCCCAACACUGCCCUGGAGACACACGAACCUCAGGUAAUGAGGAUCCAGAUAAUCUCCCUAGACAGCAGGCUCCCCCAGAUUGCCAUUAACAGGGGUGCUCCAGCCUUGAAGCGCCUUCACACUGGGCACCUGGGCUUCCUGAUUACCAAUAAGUCUCUGAAGGCAGAAGAUCAGGACAGUCCUGACAGGCUCCUGAAGUAUAAAGUGACCAGAGGACCAAACCAUGGCUUCAUUAUCAACACUGGCCUUGGAAACCAGAGCAUUCGAGAGUUUAUACAAGGUGACAUUGAUGAGAUGAGGAUCCACUAUGUCUUGAACGAAGGCAGCAAUGCGACAAAGGACAUCUUCUAUUUCUCUGUUGAAGACAAUGGAGGAAAUAAACUAACAAAUCAGCCUUUCCACCUAAACUGGGCUUGGAUUUCUUUGGAGAAAGAAUACUACAUCGUGGAUGAAGAUUCCAUGUUCUUAGAGGUGACCCUCACACGCAGAGGAUACCUUGGAGAAACAUGCUUGAUCAGCAUUGUAACCAAAGAUGAAACUGCAAAAAGAGAUAAAGAUUUUAAAGGAAAGGCCAACAAACAGGUCCAAUUCAAUCCUGGACAGACCACAGCCACAUGGAGAGUGAGCAUUGUAUCUGACAGUGAGUACGAGACUUCAGAGACCUUCCAGAUCAUUCUGUCAGAACCUGUCAUGGCUGCACUGGAGUUUCCAGAAAUGGCAACAGUUGAAAUUGUGGACCCUGACGAUGAAUCAACAGUCUAUAUUCCAGAGGCAGAAUACAAAAUAGAGGAGGAUGUCGGGGAGCUUUUGAUUCCAGUAAGACGGUCUGGAGAUGCAAGCCAGGAACUCAUGGUCAUUUGCUCUACACAUCAAGGUUCUGCCACGGGCACGGUUCCUCCAGCAGUGUUCUCUUUUUCUGAUUACAUCUCACGUCCCGAAGACCACACCAGCAUCCUCCGCUUUGGCAAGGAUGAGACUGAGAAGACCUGCCGGGUCCUGAUUGUCGAUGACUCCCUUUAUGAAGAGGAGGAAUCCUUCAGGGUUUCACUGAGCCUGCCAGUGGGAGGGCGAUUGGGAGCCAAGUUCCCCACCACCAAGGUGACCAUCCUGGCUGAUCACGCUGACGAACCUGCCCUGCACUUUGGGGAUGCUGAGUACCAUGUGGAUGAAAGUGCUGGCUACGUGGAGGUUUGUGUCUGGAGAACAGGCACUGACCUUUCCCACGCAUCAUCCAUCACCGUGCGCUCCAGGAAGACAGAGCAGGAGUCAGCAGAAGCUGGAAUAGAUUAUGUUGGGAUCAUCCGAAAUCUGGACUUUGCUCCAGGAAUGCGCAUGCAGACAUUCCAAGUGACAAUCCUUGAUGACGUGGAACAGCCCAUCUUGGAGGGUCCAGAGAGGUUUGAAUUACUUCUCCAGAUGCCUAUGGGUGCGGUACUUGGAGAACCAAAUAAAACCACCAUUUUCAUCAAUGACACCAUCAGUGACUGUAAGCAGAGUGCUUGUACUUCCUUUCAUUGAAAGACAAAGGGAAGGAAAAACAGCCAAAACAACAACAGAAUGUCUCCUAACAACAGAAUGAAAUUCUACUCUUUUUCAACAACCCUGGGAUAUCAAUGAUAUUGUAUUGUCAUUGGUGUUAUAUUCUAGUGAUAUGUGCAAAUAUAAUUUAUGUGACUGCAUGGGGAUAGAAAUAUAUAUAUACAGAAGAAAGGAUUGAGCCCACAAA